CGUCACCGCUGACGUCAUCUCCUAUCGGUGACUGCUGUUAUCAAGAUGGCGCUGCGGCCAGGAUCAGGGGGAGGCGGCAGUUUCAUGUAUCCUGUUGGAGGGGGCCUGGGACCGCCACAAGGCAUGGUACCCAUGCAGCAGCAUCAGCAGCAGCAGCAGCAGCAGCAGCAGCAGCAGCAUCAGCAGCAGCAUCAGCAGCAUCAGCAGCAGCAGCAGCAGCAUCAUCAGCAGCAGCAGGGCUUCCCUAUGGUUCCGGUCAUGCAACCGAACAUGCAGAACAUGAUAGGAAUUAACUUUGGGGGACAGAUGCCCGCAGGAGCUAUGCCUAUUCAGGGUGGGAUGGCUAUUGGUAUGCAGACCCCUGGGAUGCAAUUCUUGGGUCAGCCCCAGUAUAUGGGUAUGAGACCUGCUGGGCCCCAAUACACUGCGGACAUGCAAAAACAAAUGGCUGAGGAGCACCAAAAAUGCCUGGAGCAGCAGCAGAAGAUGCUGGAAGAGGACAGGAAAAGAAGACAAUUUGAGGAGCAGAAACAGAAGCUGAGGCUGCUCAGCAGUGUCAAACCCAAGACAGCUGAGAAGAGCCGCGAUGAUGCUUUGGAGGCAAUCAAAGGCAACCUAGAUGGCUUUAGCAGAGACGCUAAGAUGUACCCAAAUCCAUCAUCACAGACCAAGAAGCCAGACUCAUCGCCACCACAUCCUUCUGUCCCCACUCGCUCCCUCCCCCCAGCUUUGUCCGAAGACAUUGAUGAGUUUAGUGACUUUCAUGGGCAUGUAGACGCCCCCGCCUCCUUCCCUCCACCCUCCUCCACUUCUUCCGCAUCUGGCCUCUCCUCUCAGGCCCUCGGUCAGCCUUCAUCCACUUCCCCCGUGACAGGUUUCUCCCCGGACGAUGACGAGUUUAGUGACUUUGUUCAGGGUCCUCUGAAUGCGUUCCCUCCGUCCAACUUCCACCUCUCCUCUCAGGCCCAAGUUCAAUCCUCAUCCCCUUCCCUGAAGGCUGGACUGUCCUCUUCCUCUUCCCUCCCUCAGUCCCUUCCUGCCUCUGUGUCCAUUUCCACUGUCACCCAACACUCUGCUGUCAACAACAGCUCUACAUUUCAAGGCCCUUCCCUGGAUGAGAAGCUAUUCUCCUCAUGCGAUUUUACUGCUGAUAAGACGGCACAGUUUAGCUUUAAAUCCAAGUCGAUUUUGGCUGACAUGGGUCCUGGAACCCAAGUUUCAACCCAGUUUCACUCCAGCACUAAAGCGAGGAACUGGGCUGCGGCCCCUGAGGACUUUGGUUCGAUCUUCAUCGCAGAAAAGCUACCAGAGGUCUCGGUGUCGCCACCCAGCGUCCCCCCAUUAGCUGUUUACUCAUCUCCUCAAACCAGUAGUGACAGUGCAGGUGUUGGCGUGUACCCACAACAAGAGCACAUUCAGCCCAUGCUGCCAACCUGGCUUUACAAUGACAGCCUCAUCCCAGAAAUGUUCAAAAAGGUUCUUGAAUUCACCAUGACUCCGGCAGGGAUAGACACAGCCAAUCUCUACCCUAUUCUAAUGUCAUCAGGACUUCCCAGGGAAGCACUGGGGCAAAUCUGGGCAUCAGCCAACCGCACAACACCUGGCAUGCUGACCAAAGAGGAGCUCUACACUGUACUUGCACUAAUUGGUGUGGCGCAGAGUGGCCUCCCAGCAAUGAAUGUGGAAAUUCUCAGUCAGUUUCCCUCUCCACCAGUGCCCAACCUGCCCGCCCUGGCUAUGGUCAUGGCCCCCGUCAUGCACCAGCACCAGCAGCCCAUGAUGAGCAAGCCCCCGGUCUCUAUGGCCAUGCCCACAUCAGCACCACCAGUUAUGGGCAUGACUACCGCAACGCAGGCUCAAGCACCCACAAACACCAACUUCAUAGCCAGUUUCCCUCCUGCACAGGGGCCCAAAGCUGAUGACGAUGACUUCCAGGAUUUCCAGGAGGCACCAAAGGCAGGAGCAGGAGACCAGUCCUUCACUGAGUUCCAGGGGGAUUCAAGUGGAAGUUUCCCAACCACCCAUGCAUCGCAGCACCAAAAAAGCGCGUCUGCCAUGCUGACUCCAGUGUCUGGUUCUUCGUCCGCCUCCGCCACGUCCUCUGAUAAGUACGCUGUUUUCAAGCAGCUGUCUGUGGAGCAGCCUGCAGAGCCGACACCCGCUGCCUCAGAUAUUGGGGACAAAUACAGUGUAUUCAGACAGCUUGAGCAACCUGCUGACAAGAAACCAGUCGGGGAAGGAUUUGCAGAUUUCAAGUCUGUCAGCGCUGAUGAUGGCUUCACAGACUUUAAAACCGCAGACAGCGUCUCUCCAUUAGACCCUUCAGACCAGGCCAAGAUCUUUCAACCUUCCUUCCCCUCUGCUUUCCCAACCUCUCAGUCUCUACAACAUCUACCGCAGCAACAGCCAGCAGUGUCUCUUUCUCAGCCCAGAAAUCCUCUCAACAUGGCCGACCUGGACCUUUUCUCUUCUACAGCUCCCUCUGUUCCUGCCCCCACUGAGACAAAACCCAGCACAUUCCCCUCAGUGUCUGUGCCCGCCUCUCUAGUGCUCUUACCAGGUGGAGCCAAACCUCCAGGGGGAGGUGUAGAUGAUUUUGGGGAUUUUACCCUCUUUGGCUCAUCCUCUGAGGCUUCAACAGCGGGAGGAGCUGUGGCAGCGCCUCAGGACGACUUUGCAGAUUUCAUGGCGUUUGGCAGUUCUGGUGGGGAGCCGAAAGGUGAGGGCAGCAGCGUGGGUGUCCAAGGGGAGACCUCCACUCAGCAGCGACCUCAGCAGAGCUCAGACAAGUAUGAUGUAUUCAAACAGCUGUCUCUGGAAGGAGGCCUGGCCUUCGAUGAUACUAAGGAGAGUGGCGGUGGCUCCUUCUCUUCUCUAAAGAGUGACACAGAUGACUUUGCAGACUUUCAGUCCUCAAAGUUCUGCACAGCGCUCGGGGCUGCGGAAAAGACUCUGGUGGACAAGGUGGCCGCUUUCAAACAGGCCAAAGAGGACUCCGCCUCUGUCAAGUCCCUCGACCUCCCGUCUAUUGGGGGGAGCAGCGUAGGAAAGGACGACUCUGAAGACGCACUCUCAGUGCAGCUGGACAUGAAGCUCUCGGACAUGGGCGGAGACCUGAAACAUGUGAUGUCGGACAGCUCUCUGGAUUUGCCCGGUCUCUCGGCCCACCAGCCCCCCGCUACAGAAGGAGACGACAUGAAAUUUGACCCCUUCGGGACGUCGGACCUCAGCACCCUGUCCAGCUACGACUGGUCAGACCGUGAGGAAUGUCUACCCGGUGAGGUCAGGAAGCCGCACGGCUUUGAGGUAGCUUCCCUUCCAUCUCUAGUGUCAGCACAGAGGAAGGAGCUGACCUUUGGCAGCACAGAAAACAUCACAAGCAGCUUCGCAGCAAAGAUCACAACCUCCUUUCCCACCGAGGACAGCGUAUCCACAGAUGACAAGUUUGAAGCAUUCGCUGAUUUUGGCCCCGGCGACCAGGGUGGUGUCGAUGACGAGGACGACUUUGGGGACUUUGCAAGCACCGUUUCAGAAAAGUCUGACUCGCCAGCCGCCACUGCUGAGGGCGCCUCGGAGGUAAACCAAAGUGAGGCCUCUGAUGAGUUUGGAGCCUUCCAGGGGGACAAGCCUAAGUUUGGCAAGUCCGACUUCCUCAAAGCCAGCGCUCAGACCAAUGUCAAGUCCAGUGAGGAGAUGAUCAAGGACGAACUGGCGACUUUUGACUUGUCUGUUCAAGGUUCCCACAAACGCAGUCACAGUUUGGGCGACAAGGAGAUUGGGCGUUCUCCCCCGUCUCCGGCUCCAGAGCAGCCCUUCAGAGACCGAUCCAACACCCUGAGCGAGAAGCCCGCCCUGCCCGUCAUCAGGGACAAGUACAAGGACUUGACUGGGGAGGUGGAGGAGAGCGAGCGGUACGCAUACGAGUGGCAAAGGUGUCUGGAAAGUGCUUUAGAGGUCAUCACCAAAGCCAACAACAUCCUAAACAGCAUCAGCAGCUCUUCUGUCUGCACCGAGGUCAUCCAGUCUGCUCAGGGCAUGGAGUACCUGCUGGGCGUGGUGGAAGUGUAUCGUGUCACCAGGCGCGUGGAGCUGGGCAUCAAGGCGACAGCCGUGUGCUCCGAGAAGCUGCAGCAGCUGCUGAAGGACGUCAGCCGCGUGUGGAACAACCUCAUGGGCUUCAUGUCGCUCGCCAAGCUUGCUCCUGAUGAAAGCUCCCUCGAUUUCUCCUCCUCUAUUUUGAGGCACGGCAUUAAGAAUGCCAAGGAGUUGGCCUGCGGGGUGUGUCUCCUCAACGUCGACACACGCAGCAAGAACAAAGAAGAAAGCACUAUUGGACGUCUGUUUAAACGAGCAUUGAUUAAAGACACUGACAGGAAGUUAUGGGCGUUCAACUCAGAGAUGGACAACUUCAAACUGCUGUACGGGGGCCACCAGUACCACGCCAGCUGUGCCAAUUUCUGGACUAACUGUGUGGAGCCCAAACCUCCCGGCCUCAUACUGCCUGACCUGCUCUGAGCUCGCGGCUUGCGGCUCGCGGCUGCCAUGGCAACGGAGCAAAGGCUAAUCAACAUCAGAGGGGUAGAGCAACGACGCGCAAUGCACAGGCUGCCACCGUGGACUGAGAAGGAUGUUUAGUCACUGGAUUCCUCUGUAUUUAUUUAUGUAUUGUAUCUAUUGUCAUAACUCGGCUGUCAAUCAGAUCUGGUGGUUUGUUAAAAGCUUUUGUUUAAAUAUUUACCAUUGCCGUUGUUUUUGUUGCCCUUUCUUUUUUCCACGUAAAUGAUGUUAACACAGGUCAGAUGUACAAGUCAUAUUUAAACCCAUUGGUUUGCAACGUGUUUAACGUAUGGUUUACACUGAUUUUCAACUACAGAAAAAAGACAAUUCAUUCAUAAUCACUCAUCAAUCAAUCAUAUUUAUAUUAUUGGGUCUGCAGUUUAGAAUCUGGAGUUUUUAAUGUCACUUGUUUCUGUUUGAGAGGAUCUGUAUUGGUGACUUCUUUUCUUCCCACUGAACCAGAGCUGUUGAAUUAUAAACCUAUUAUUGUACUUGAAUUACAUUUGUGGGUCAGGUCUUUUCGAUAAAACUCUGUCUGUUUUGUUUUUAAUAAGAAGUCUUUAACAUUCAAUCCGAUGCUGGUGUUAUACGUUUUGAUGAAUUGUGUUGAAUUGACCGCUUUGAAUGUUUUUGCACAGUUGAUGAGAUUUCAGCACCUCCAGGGAUAUUUAAAAUGUAUGUUUUAAGGGGAAAACAGUUGUGAUUUGGGGUCCUGAAGGGAAUCAUGUUAACGGUAUUGUUUUUGUGUCUUCUUGUUGUGUGCAACUGGAAAAAGUUGAUGGAUUCUGAACUAAAAUUACAGGAGCACUUUUUGUAUAUUAGUGUCAUGCUGUAGCAUUGUAAUUACUAACUAACGUGAAUGUGAUGUAAAUAAAUAUGCAAACUAUUUAUUUAAAGUGUCAUAGGUUAUUAUAUUUCUCAGAUUUUAAAGGCUGUCUUUAAGCAAUACACUCAUACGUACAUUAAGUUUGUCACUAAUGAAAUGUUUGCUAACGGCUGUGAUUCAAUCAUCUCAGAAACAUUAAAACAGCGUCCAUGAGGCUGCAAUGAGAGUGGAUAUCUGGAUAUUAA